AUGGAUACCAGUGAUACCACAGUUUUCCGAAGACGCGGUAACAGCUGUUAUAAACCGAUAGCAGUGAUUGCCGUGAUCGCCGGCGUUUACGCUUCGAUCGUGUCCGUCUUGCGUUUCGGCCGUUUCCUCGGCGCUUUCAACACUGCGCUGAAGUCCGAUAAUGAUUUAUUACCAUCUUCCUCUCGUAUUUAUUUUAGGAUAGUUGUGAACUGGUCACUUGCAUCUAGUUAUUUAUAUUUACCUUCAAUAGUUGGAGUAGUCAUUGAACGGAUUGGCAACUUAUGUGGAUUACCUGAUUGUUAUUUCAAAUUUACUAAAAUUGUCUUGCUUUCAUCUAUUUUAAACGGAGUUAUUGGAUUUUGGCAGGAAGUUCCUGAGAUAUGUUUGUGGAAUCUAAGCACAUUAUAUCAUGCUGAAAUUAUACACUUUUAUUUGCAUUGUUCCAUGUGGAUUAUAUCAUUUAUGAUUAUGUUAGCAAUUGAUAUUACUGAGAUAACAGGAAUCAAACCGCAUGACCACGUCUCAAUCGUCAAUAUUACGUAUUGUGCUGAUAACAAUUUUACUUAUUCGAGAUUGGUGUGGCCAGAACAGUUGCCUUACGGUGACAGAAUCAAAGAGCAAAUAAAUUACGUGCCAAAAGACUACAGGUACUCGAAGACACCGUACAAACAGAUUUUAAUCCAAACCGGAAUCGGCCACAUAUGGGAGAUUCUUAAACCCGACCAGGGAGAGUUCUUUGGAUGUCCCGUGAGUCAAUGUUGGUUGACAUACAAUAAGUCACUGGGUCCGGAUGUCGAUGCGGUGCUUUUCAGACAUAGUUACAGCCGCCCUGAGUACCGAAGGCCUCCCAAUCAGAUUUGGAUUUUAUUAUACACCGAAUGCCCGGUGCAUCACUCGUAUACACCUGUAAGUGACGUCAGCGUAUUCAAUUGGACGGCCAACUACCGCUGGGACAGUGAUGUACCGUUUCCUUAUGGAUACUUCGUGGAAAAUAAUUCACCUCUGCCUCGUGCCUGUGAAAAAAAUUACGCUCUUAACAAAACAAAGAAAGUGGCGUGGUUCGUCUCGAACUGCAAUCCGUAUAACAAACGUAUGAUUUAUGCAAACGAACUCGCCAAACACAUAUCGGUUGACGUGUACGGUGGCUGCGGGAAACUCCAAUGUCCUAAGUCCAAAGAAGCGGAAUGCUUUCAGAUGCUGAAAAAGGAUUAUAAAUUCUAUUUGUCUUUUGAAAGUUCGCAUUGCAUUUAUUAUGUAACUGAAAAGUUUUUCAUAAAUGCACUGAGUAACGACGUGGUGCCGAUCGUCAUGGGACCGAAACGGAGCUAUUACGAAUUAAUAGCGCCAAAUAAUUCAUUCAUACAUGUCGACGACUUCGGGUCACCAAAAGAGCUGGCUGACUAUUUGCACUUGUUAGACGGCAACCACCAGCUGUACAACAAAUAUUUCCAGUGGAAGGGCUCGGGCACGAUAAUCGAGGACACUCGUUUAUACUGCCGGCUGUGCGCGAUGCUCCACGACACGAACCGAGCGCCCAGACAUUACGAAGACAUCAACAAGUGGUGGAAAGGCCCUGGCAAAUGUUAA